AAAUUAAAUUUAUAUAUUCCCUUCUUUCUUACAAAAAGAAGAACAAGAGUACUUUGGUCGGCCGGCGCAUAAAACCAGAUCUCUUCUCCCCCGACUAAAACCUUCUCCAGAUCAGUCUAUUAAAAGCACGCUGUCCUGUCCUCACCCAGAAGAUAAAAGUUUCGAUUUUUAUUUAUAACAACUUUAGUGGAGAAACCAAGAUGAUGGAGUAUGAGAAUGGGAAGAAGAGGAAAGUUCGGAACAGACAGCAGCACCAAACCAAACCACACUUCUUGUCUCUAAGGUAUCUAACGACAUGUCUCUGCUGUUUCUUCGUCUUGCUCUUCUUCUUAUUAUCCUCCGACCGUAUCUCCGUCCGUUCCGAUUCUCUCAGACCCUCUCUCCGCGUCCCUGCUCUCUCCGUCUUAUCUUCCAUGGAUUCGAUUCAGCGCUCCUUUCACGGUAGAUUCCCUCCGCUGAGCAUCCAAGACAGAGUCCAGUUCCCCGACCACGUGCUGCUGCUGAUUCUCUCCGCUAGAAUCGGGAGAGGUGGGAAGGAGCUAGUUUGUGUUUAUCAUCACGGAGGAAGAAAGGAAGAGACUUUGGUGUUGUUGCCGUCGAUCUCUAGCGAUGAAUUCGAUGAGUUCAGAUCGGUUGUUCGGUGCCCUAACGCUCCUUUAAACUAUUCUUCGUCUGUUGAUCUCCAAUUCAAAGGAGAUUUGGUUAAGAAGAAGAUGAGUGAUGAUGAGAAGAAGGUUCGUGAUUGGGCGAAAGUUGGUUACGAGGCGGUGAUUGACGGCGACGACACGGUUGUUGUGUUUGUGAAAGGAUUGACUCGAAGACCUCACAAGGAGUCAGAUCCUUCUUACUACAAAUGCCAGUUCGAGACACGUGUCGAAGUUUUGGUAACUCAAGCUCUCGCCGCGGCGCAAGAAGUCGUGAGGUGUGUUUUGCCUGAGAGCUUGAAGGUUAAUCCGGAGGAGUUUCGUGUGAGCGUGAUCCACGUCGAUCCUAGAGGAAGAUCUACCCCUGCUUUACCAUCCGUUGCGAGAGUCUACAGUUCAGAGAAGAAGAAGAGUAGUGUGGUGAAGAGGGUGAAGAAGCAUGAGCUUUGUGUUUGCACGAUGCUAUGGAACCAAGCACCGUUCUUGCGUGAGUGGAUUAUGUACCACUCGUGGUUAGGCGUCGAGCGUUGGUUUAUAUACGACAACAACAGCGACGACGAUAUAAAAGAGGAGAUCGAGUUGCUCAACUCGGAGAAUUACAAUGUGAGCAGACACGUGUGGCCGUGGAUCAAGACUCAAGAAGCUGGUUUCUCGCAUUGUGCGGUUAGAGCGAAAGAGGAGUGCAGCUGGGUUGGAUUCUUCGACGUGGACGAGUUCUACUACUUCCCCACGCAUCGCUCUCAAGGGUUACCUAGCAAAAACGCUUUGAGCUCGCUAGUCUCUAACUACACUUCGUGGGGUUUGGUGGGAGAGAUCAGAACAGAAUGUCAUAGUUACGGUCCCUCCGGUUUAACCUCUGUUCCAUCGCAAGGCGUGACGGUGGGUUACACUUGCAGACAAGCGAACCCGGAGAGGCAUAAGUCGAUAAUCCGACCAGAGCUGCUGACGAGCUCGUUGCUCAACGAAGUUCAUCAUUUUCAGAUGAGGGAAGGAGUAGGGCAUAUGAGUUUAUUGGAGAGCGUUGCGGUUGUGAACCAUUACAAGUACCAAGUUUGGGACACUUUUAAAGCCAAGUUUCAGAGAAGAGUGGCUACUUAUGUUGUGGACUGGCGAGAGAAUCAGAACCAAGGGUCUAAAGAUCGAGCUCCGGGGCUUGGUACUGAGGCUAUUGAGCCGGUUGAUUGGAACAGACGGUUCUGUGAAGUGUGGGAUACUGGUUUGAAGGAUUUGGUUUUGUCUAAUUUUGCUGAUCAAGUGACUGGUUAUUUGCCGUGGCAGAGGCAACAACAGCAACAACUACAAGAAUGACUUUUUUUUUUUUUUGGUUACUUGGUUUGUGAGAUUAUGUACAUUUGACGAGUAUACAUUAAUAUUCUCUUCUUUUGUUUUUAUUUUUUGGUGGGGAUAAUUGAAAUGGUUUCUAUUUUUGAUUUUUUUAGUUUACCACAUUUGUAAAUUUCAGUUAUUUUUUUAUUCUUCUUACAUGAAUUAAUAUUUUGUUUACAAAUGUA